CUACAGAGACUCAGUUUGAGCUGCUCUAGAGAAACACAAGAAUGGAUGUCCUUGAAGUUUCCACCACACUUUUCUCUCAUAAUAUUACACAAAUUAAUUUCCUCAUAUGAGAUGCUGCAUGUUCGCAGAACCACAUUUAAUUAUAUCUUGAUAAAGAGAAGAACAUUUUUAAAUUGUUUGGAGGCGCUCUACCGUCGUUGAUGCGUUGAGAAGUUUUCAUAGAAGAAACGCAUUGCACCUUUAAAUACUCACAGCCUCACUUUAUACCAGCGCAAGUACCACCUAGUUGGAUUUUGGGUGGUUUGUGAAUGAAGACAAAGGAUUUUGUGCUAAAAUGGUGGAACCAGCUUUAAAGCACCCAGAUUGCUGAAGCGGAUGCUGCGUUGCCAGUUGCCACAGUAACACAACAUGCCUUAGAGUUCAGCUUGGCCCAGAGGAAAAUGAGCCCAGGUUCAAGUCAGCAAUACCCAUUACCAGCUAUGCAAGCGAACAUAGCAGAUGCUCAGGUGCAUCUGCGUGGGUCCUUCUCCCGUCUGGAUCUGGGCGGUGGAUAUAUGGAGAUCUGCUAGUGUGGCUGGUGUUUUGUGGACGAGGGACACACGAUGGCCGUGGCACUGGAUGCAGUGUGGGUGCGAGUGAAAGGGGUUUGUAAGCAGAACGGCCUGCUGAUCCUCUCAGUCUUGGCCGUGGUUAUCGGAUGUCUUCUCGGCUUCUUCCUGCGCUCCAAGAACCUCUCGGAGCAGGAAGUGAAAUACUUCCAGUUUCCCGGAGAGCUGCUGAUGAGGAUGUUGAAGAUGCUGAUUUUGCCCCUGGUCGUGUCCAGUUUGAUGUCCGGUCUGGCGGCGCUGGAUGCAAAGUGUUCCAGUCGGCUGGGCCUCAUCACGGUCUCCUACUACCUGUGGACAACUUUCCUCGCUGUGGUGGUGGGAAUCGUCAUGGUGUUGAUCAUCCAUCCAGGUGGAAUGGCACAGAAAGAAGAUUCAGAGGACAGCGGGAAACCCAUCAUGAGCUCCGCUGAUGCUCUCCUGGAUCUCAUACGAAACAUGUUUCCAGCCAACCUCGUUCAAGCCACAUUUCAACAGUAUCGUACCAACAGUGUGCCCAUAAUGAAGUCGCCCAAGGCGACAGUGGCCGCCAGUCUGAUGGAGAGCACAACUCGCCGCACGCUCAUCUACGGUAUUCAGGACGAUAACGGGACGGACAUCCAGAACUUUCAGCUGGAUUUGACCCCGCCUCCUGACGUGGUGAUGCGAACGCUUCCUGGCACCAGUGAGGGCAUGAAUGUCUUGGGGAUUGUCAUUUUCUCUGCCACCAUGGGCAUAAUGUUGGGCAGAAUGGGUCCUAACGGCAGUGCACUGGUUAACUUUUGCCAAAGUCUGAAUGAAGCGGUGCUGAAAAUCGUUGCGAUUGUCAUCUGGUACUUCCCGUUUGGCAUCGUGUUUCUGGUGGCCGGUAAGAUCCUGGAGAUGAGCGACCCAUCGGCGAUGGGGAAGAAACUCGGCUUUUACGCUAUAACUGUGGUGAUGGGCCUCAUUCUGCACGGCCUCUUCAUCCUGCCCAGCAUGUACUUCUUCAUCACCAAGAAGAGCCCCAUCGUCUACAUCCGAGGAAUCCUGCAGGCGCUGCUCAUCUCACUGGCCACGUCCUCCAGUUCUGCCACUCUGCCUAUCACCUUCAAGUGCCUGCUGGAAAACAAUCACAUCGACCGGCGGAUCAUUCGCUUCGUGCUUCCCGUGGGAGCCACCAUCAACAUGGACGGCACUGCGCUGUAUGAGGCGGUGGCAGCCAUUUUUAUCGCCCAAGUCAACAACUACGAACUAGACUUUGGCCAAAUCAUCACUAUCAGUAUUACAGCGACCGCAGCGAGCAUCGGUGCAGCCGGGAUCCCACAGGCCGGCCUGGUCACCAUGGUAAUAGUGUUGACAUCCGUAGGACUGCCCACCGAUGACAUCACUCUCAUUAUCGCUGUUGAUUGGGCCUUAGACAGAUUUCGCACCAUGGUCAAUGUGAUGGGAGACGCUCUGGCCACGGGAAUCAUGGCCCAUAUCUGCAGAAAGGACUUCAUCAAAGAGGGAGAUGGGGUCCCUCUCAUCUGCGAAACAAAGCCCGUGACUAACCCGGGUUUGCCAAACUGUCAGCAGAACAAUGGUAGUUUCCAGCCGCCGCCACCAGAGAGCAAACCCGAGCACAUUCCUCCAGAUGUGGCCCGUCUCAUGCAGCUGGAGGAAGGGGUUCGUCCACCGCCUCUGGAUCGGAAAAAACCACCCAUACCCCCGCGCCACCUGAAACACAGAGACAAGGAACAUUGUGCCAUCGAUAUGAACGGUCUCGAGACUAACGUAUAGCGACCAUCAAAACCUCUCAGGGCUCAGACUGAAAAAGAGUCCACGCACAUGGGAACGGACGACGUGUUUAAUUUCCUUUCCGUUUUUCUCUGACAGUCACGAGGCAACACAUGGUAUGAUCCUGCACAUAUGGGCCAAUGCCACUGUUGGCAGCACAUCCCAGUUGACCCGAUCUGUGCAUUAGAUAAUGCCAGGAUGGAAAGAGAAACCAGGUCACCAAGCCAGCCUGUUUCUUUGGGUUCAGAGAGUUCAACUUUUCCUGUAGCUCAACAGAAACGUGAUUCAAGACUGUCAAAAAGCACGAGUGAAUUGUAAAUACAACAUAGCUAUGUACUCUAUGCGGCGUGUUUUUUUAUUUCUCAAGUUUAUAUAUAAUUUUAUAUCUUAUAUUUGGUUCUUGUCUCUUUGAGCAAGCCUUGUAAAAUAUUGUAAAGAUCGCAGUUGUGCGUGAAAAUCGACAUUGACUGUGGUGUUGAAUGUUUUAUGUUAUCGGAUGCACUGAGAAAAAUGAUUUUCUUGCUCUUGUUUUCCAGUAGAAAUAUCCAAACAUUCUUAAAUCAGGAGACAGAUACUUGAGAAGCAAAAUUACAUAAGAUAAUUAGACUUAAAAAAUGAAUUGACUUACAAAUAUGACAAAUCUUUGCCAGUGGGGUCAGAAAAACAAACUUGUUUUCCCUUUCAAUUAAAAAGCAGAAAGCACUUGUUUUAUCACUUAAUUUUGAUAUUGUUUUAAGAAAACAAGCCUUGUAAAAAGUAUUUUGCUUCUCAAGUAAAUGUAUCUUGAUUUAAGAACGUUUCAAUAUUAGAGCCAGACCGAUAUUAUCG